AUGGCAGAUUAUAAGAUACCCAAGAAUUUUGGAGGUAUUAUGGUUUUAGAUGCAUCAUGUACAGCACACUACUUACUAAAAGAACUAUUUCAAAACUAUCCAUCCCUUAAAGAGCAAAAAAAAUGUAUAAAAUGCAACUAUGAUGAAACAAUAUCGUAUCCAAUAAUUCAUGCACAUUUACCUACCGAAAAUUUAAAUUUUAUGUUAGAUAUUUUGAAAAGUUCAUACAAAGAAAAUAACCUUACCUGUACCAAUUGUAAUGAAAUCUUGAUAAAAACAGUAAUAGCAAGUGAACAUUUAAUUAUAGAACCAAUACUACCUACGAAUACAAAGAAAUUUAAUAACAAUGCCUCCUUAAAAUUGAGCGAAAUACCAAGUACACUUCAUAUUUUUCAAAAAAUAUACUUUCUCAGAGGACUCAUUUCUUUCAUAGCACCAUCAAGUACACAUAAAGAUGCUGUUGGACAUUAUGUAUCAUUUAAUUUUCGAGACACAAACAAUAAUUGGGAAAGAUAUGAUGAUUUGCUUAACUCUGUUCGAAAUGUCAGACCGUCUACAGUGGUCCACAACUGUCAAAUCAUAACAUAUACAUUAUGA